UUGUGGGUCGUUUUCUUUUGUCCAGCUUGUCGGGUGCGGCUCCGUGGUUGCGGUCCAGCUCCUUUGUCAAGCGUUUUGACCAUUCCAACGUCCUCGGGACUCAUCUGGUUUGAGCAAAGGACGUUCCCGGGACAAAAGGCCGAUCCCAAGAGGGUCUGCUUGCACGUUGAAGCUCCCGGCCUACCUAGCAUAGCCUACUUUAGCUCCGUUCGCUAACAAAGAGAACCAACAAGUACGGAAAAUGUGCACCCGAAGGACACAUGCGGCGGCAAACUUCCAACAUCUGCAGCCUCCACUUGCAGAAAUGAGCGAGCGGCAGGAGCCCUCCGUCAUCAAAGAGGAAGCAGAGGACCAACGAUUCAAGAAGCCGCUCUCGACUUCCGUUAAAAAAGAGGACGACAAGCGCCCCGGGUGCAUCAAAGAGGAACAGGAGGAUGAGGACAUCGACAAGUUGUUCGUAUCCGGCGGCGAGGACGAAGGUCCGAGCGAGACCGGCGGAGGAACGGAGUCUCCCGACGGCAGCGGAAGCUCCGCGGACGAGUCCCGAGGGGGCGGCCUCAUCGCUCCGAUGUCAGAUAGCGACGACGCAACGUGGCUCUCGCCUCGCGCCGAUGACGAUGAAGACUUUGAAGGUCGCAAGAGACGCUGGAAAUGCUCUCAGUGUGGGAAAAGUUUUGGACUCAAGUCUCAUUUCAAAAGGCACGCGAGGAGCCACGCAGGCGCUAAACUUUUCGCCUGCUCAUUUUGCGAUCAGAAAUUCUCUGAAAAAGUCAGCUUAAAGAGUCACACGAGAACGCACACUGGCGAGAAACCAUUCGCCUGCUCAAUUUGCGGUCAAAGGUUCACCGAAAAGGGGAACUUGAGACAACACACGCGAACGCACACUGGUGAGAAACCAUUUUCCUGCUCGGUUUGCGAUCAAAAAUUCUCUCACAAAUUAAGCUUACAAAUACACACGAGAACCCACACCGGCGAGAAACCUUUUGCUUGCCCGGCUUGCGGUCAAAGAUUCUCCAACAGAAGCAAUUUGUCAACGCACACAAGAACACACACCGGCGAGAAACCGUUUGCCUGUUCAGAAUGCGAUCAAAGAUUCUCUCAGAGAAGUCAUUUGACCACACACACGAGAACACACACCGGAGAGAAACCUUUCACCUGUUCAGAUUGCGGUCAAAGCUUCUCCGAAAAGGGAAGCUUGAGGAACCACACGAGAACGCACACGGGUGAGAAACCUUUUGCCUGCCCGGUGUGCGGACAAAGAUUCUCCGAGAAGGGAAACCUGAGAAAACACACAAGAGUCCACACUGGCGAGAAACCGUUUGUCUGCUCGGUUUGCGGGCAAAAAUUUUUGGAUAAGGGAAGCUUAAGGAAACACAUGAGAACACACUCUGGCGAGAAACCUUUCGCCUGCCUGAUUUGCGCUCAAAAGUUCUCUGAAAAGGGAAACCUGAAAAAGCACACGAGGACCCACACAGGCGAGAAACCUUUUUCCUGCUCGGAUUGCGGUCAAAGCUUCACUCAGAAGGGAAGCUUGAAAAUACACGAAAGAACCCACACUGGAGAGAAACCUUUUGUUUGCUCAGUGUGUGACAAAAGAUUCUCUCAGAAGGGACACUUACGAAGUCACGCCCGAACACACGCUCAGGCUGAGAAAAUUGACGUGUAAUAAAUAAAGAUGCUGAAUUUUGAAAACGUGCGUUUUCUUACAUGGUUCCAGUUGUUGAAAAUAAAGGCUUGUGGCAGAAUUCUCUCAUCUA